AUGGCCCUAGAAGAAGCUACCGCAGACUCCGCGGGAAGUCCCACGGAGCCGUCUGUCAACCUGGAAAGCGGGCAGACCUUUGUUAUGCAAACGGACGUACAGCUGGAGAUGCCGAAUCUUAGGAGAGGUCAGAGGACCUCAGCUACAACUCCGAAGGAAAUGAGCAGUGCGCAACCAGCUGGCGCUCGUUCCGGUGCCGACGCGGAAGCGCACUCCUUCCCCGUGCGGCCCCGCCCCCGGCUUGCUCUCUUCCCGAGCCGUUUGUCCCGCGAGACACCCGCCUCCCCGGCCAGCGACGAAGAGCACCCCUCCGAUGAUCCUCAAGCGCGCGGCAGCUGGCAUCAGGAGUCGCGCAGCCCGCGCGCGAGCGCACCCGAGUCGGAGCGCGGGACCCGGGCUCGGCGUAGCUGGACGCGGGGAGGCGCGAUGUCGACGGCCGCGCCGGGGGUAUCGCUGGACCUGGGCACGAAACGGAAGAAGCGCGUGCCGUUCUCGAUCGCGCUGCAGCUGACGCUGUUCGUCGCGGUGCUCGUGGUGGUCUCGUCCGGGUCCAUGGCGCUCGUCCUCUGGCUCAACAGCCAGAAGGUGAUUGACAGCGAGAUCGAGCGGCGGCUGACGACGGUCGUCACGCUGCGUCAGCAGGAGGUGCUGCACUACUUCGCCAGCGAAGCCGACAACCUAAACCUCAUCGCGACGCGCGUGCUUAUAAACGCGCUGCUCCUGCGGCACAACUCGGGGGAUACCCUCGGCUCCUCGGACGUCCAGGUGGGCGUCAACGACUUACGGACCGCCGCGUCGGUCCUCCCGGACGUCCGCUCGAUCGUCAUCUACGACGCCAACCGCACGGCCCUGCUCAGGACGUCCAACGCCACUGCCGCUGACGCCAUCCUUGAUGACGUCACCCCGUUCUCGCUCCCGGUGAACUCGUCCCGGGGGCUCGUCCUGACCGCCAGCGCGCCCAUCAUCUUCCCGGUCGGGAGCGGCGUCGUGAUCGGGUACGUGCACGUGACGCUGGACGCGAAAAAGUUCCACGAUCUAGUUCUGGACGGGGUGGGGCUGCAGUCGACGGGGGAGGUUUUGCUCGGGGUGGUCGACCCGGGCACCGGGGCGCUGCGCCUCGUGCUGCCCCCCAGCCGGGACCCGCUCGCGCCGCACGUGCAGCCGUGGCAGUCCGAUCGGGCGCUGGAAAAGGCUAUCUUGAACAAGACUGGCUUCCAGAACGAGAAGGACUACCGGGGCAAGGUCGUCGCGGCAGCAUAUGCGCCGCUUGGGAUCCUCGAGUGGGGCAUCGUUGCUAAGAUCGACGCGAGCGAGGCCUACGGCGCGAUCCACCACAUGCGCACCAUCAUCCUCGCGACGGUCCCCUGCGUGCUCGCGCUCGGGAUCUGCGCGUCGUACCUCCUCUCGCGCAUUUUCACGGCGCCCAUCACCAAGCUCGACAAGGUGGCGCGCGCGCUCGCGGACGGGGACCUGUCCGCGCGCGCUAAGGGCGCGAGCUGGGAGAUGCACGACGAGAUCGGGGGCCUGAGGAACACGUUUAACGAGAUGGCGGAGCAAAUGGCUAAGCUGUACAGUACGCUCGAGUCCAGGAUCGAGGAGCGCACGCGCGACCUGAUGUGGGCGAACGCGGACCUGGCCGCGGAGAUCGAGUCGCGGCAGAGCGCGCAGGCGGAGCUGGUGAAUGCGAAAGACGAGGCCGUGUCCGCGAACAAGAUCAAGUCCAACUUCCUCGCCAACAUGAGCCACGAAAUACGGACACCUCUAAAUGGGAUCAUCAAUUGCACCGAGCUGUGUUUGGAGACCCACGUCGACGCGGAGCAGCAAGAGUACCUGGAGCUCGUCAAAUUCUCCGCGGAGCACCUUCUCAACGUCAUCAACGACAUCCUUGACUUCAGCAAGAUCGAGGCGGAGAAGCUGGAGCUGGAGCGCGUCGGCUUCAGCCUGCGCGACCAACUAGAGGCGGCGACCACCGUGCUGGCUGUGCGCGCGUGCCGGCGCAACGUGGAGAUCAUCGUCGACGUGCCGCCAGACGUGCCGGACAACCUCAUGGGCGACCCGGGGCGGCUCUUUCAGAUCCUCGUCAACCUGAUCGGCAACGCGAUCAAGUUCACCCCGGCCCCUGGCGUGGACCACGGCGAGGUGCUCGUGAGCAUUAUCUUGGAUAGUAUCUCCGGAGACGGGCAACAGAUCGGCCUCAAGUUUUCCGUCAAAGACACAGGCAUUGGCAUUCCGCUGGAGAAGCAGUCGCUGCUGUUCCGUCCGUUCUCCCAGGUGGACUCGUCCACCACCCGCGUGUACGGCGGAACCGGGCUCGGUCUAGUUAUCAGCGCCAAGCUGGCCGCCUCAAUGGCGGGGUCCAUGUGGGUGGAAUCGCACGAGGGGCAGGGCAGCAACUUUCUGUUCACCGCCGUCUUCCAGCUCAGCGAUACGCCGCCAGCUAAGCGAUCCGCGGCAAUGCUCGAGGCGCUCCAGAAACUGCCGGUUUUGAUCGUGGACGACAACGUCACGAGCGGUCGCAUCUUGGGCGGUAUGACCGCAUCCUGGGGCAUGUCACCCACGGUCGUAACGUCCGGCCCCGCCGGCAUAGAAGCGUUACACUCCGCCGCCAAAGGGGGGAGGGCCUUCCGGCUUGUGCUGGCUGACGUCUGCAUGCCUGGGAUGGGGGGCCUCGACAUGGUUGCUGACGUCAGGGAGAAGGCGCCGGUGUUGUUGGCGAAGACGGCGGUCGUGGCGCUGACCUUAGCGCUGUCCGCCGCCGAGCACGCGGAAAGGAUGCGCGAGCUGCAGGUGCAGGGCCACUGCGCGAAGCCCAUCAAAGAGGACAGCUUGUUGCGCGCGGUGCACGCCGCGAUCGGGCAAACCGGUUCCACGGGGCUCACCCCCCCGGCGCGAAAAGCGCCCCGGGGAUCCCCCUUGCGGGGCAGCCUGCACGUGUUGGUCACCGAAGACAAUGCGGUGAACCAGAAAGUGGCGACCGCGCUACUUACGAAGUGGGGCCAUACGUUGAAGCUGGCGGGAAAUGGGCGGGAAGCCGUCGAUAUGGUCGAAAAGGAGCCGUUCGAUCUCAUUCUCAUGGACGUCCAAAUGCCGGUCAUGGACGGGUUUGCCGCGACCGCCGCCAUCCGUGCGUGGGAGCUGCGACUGCAGCGCCGGCCGACGCCGAUCGUGGCCAUGACGGCACACGCCAUGUCCGGCGACGCGGAGCGCUGCCUCGCGCUGGGGAUGGACGCCUACAUCAGUAAGCCCCUGAACGCGGAGAAGCUGCACUCGAUGAUCAAAGAAAUGGCACGCGCGCGCCUGGACCAGGCGGAGGCGGCCGCGCUCGUGUCGCCGGUUGCGCUGCUUACCCCGACCGCGCUCCUCCAGAAGGAGGCGACCCGCACCCGCCGCUCGCAGUCGCCGGGCCCGCCGAGAAGCCGGGUCAGCCCCCGGGACAUGGUCCGCAAAUUGCGGAAGAGUUCCCUGGACGAAAAGCUGCUAAGCCGGCAACGACGAAGCGAACCGGGGGCACCAGCGAUCUCCGAAAUGGCGGAUCUCGAGAUGGGGGGCUGCCCGCCGAAACCACGCUCGAUGCCAUCGUGA